AUGGAUCGAGGCGACAUCGAGGAGCGGCUUGAGACGUCGGUGGGAUCCGGACCUUUCGGCUAUCCCGCCACCAGGGACCGUGAUGCCAGUAUCGGGACGGAAAUGACUGACCAAACCGCACUCGAGCGAAACAAGCAACUUGUGAGAGAUUUUUACCGCCGGGUAUUCGACGGACAGAACGCCGAUGCAGUCAAGGAUUUCGUGACCAAGGACUACGUCCAGCACGGCACCCAUGUGCCGCCGGGUCGCGCUGGGCUAGAAGGCUUCGUGCGCAUGAUCUUCCCCGAUGGUCCCGUGCCGGAGCCUGCGGAGAUGCGUAACCCUCCCACCUUCAUGAUCGCGGAAGGUGAUAUGGUGGUCAUCUCGGCCUACUUUCCUCAACCCGACGCCGAGCGCCCUGGUGAGACCUACGACUACUAUGUCUUCGACGCUUUUCGUAUCGAGGAUGGAAAGCUUGCAGAACACUGGAGCAGUAUCAACAAGAUCGCCCCUCCAGUCAAGCCCGAUUCUGUGCCGGAAAGCUUGAGGCAGAGGACCACUACGUCCCAAUACAAGAACAUCGCGGUUGUCGGUGCCGGGAUCGGGGGUCUCGCUGCAGCCGUACGGCUGCAGCAAGAAGGAUUCGACGUCGAUGUCUAUGAACAGGCGUCGGAACUGCGCGAACUGGGAGCCGCCGUCGGCCUGCGUCCGCGAACCGCGAAGAUCCUCGAAAGCUGGGGCCUGAAGGAUCGCUAUACCCCCUGUACCAGCCGGGUCGGCAACAUCUUCUCGCUUGACGGCCGCACUGGCGCGCCGAUGGGUGAAAUCGCCAUCCCGAGCGAGACUGAUGAUCCGGAUGAGAACUGGUCCGACAUGAUCCACCGCGCCGACUUGCACAACCUGCUGAGCUCCGAAAUCCCGCGCGAGCGCAUCCACCUGUCGCACAAGUGUAUCCGCGUCACCGACCUGGGCGAUCACGUGGAACUCGCUUUCUCUGACGGGAGCACUGCGACCGCUGGCGCAGUUGUCGGCGCCGAUGGUAUCCACUCGCAGAUCCGCCCGCUCAUCAUGCAGACCGAUGCAGUGUUCUCCGGGCUGCAGGGACAUCGCGGCACCCUGCCCUUCGAGAAGGUCAAGGACCUGCUGCCCGAGAAGCUGCCGUGCAACUGGCUGCUGAUGAACCCGGACGGUGUUCUGUCGCUGUUCGUCGUCCUGCCCUAUGCUGGCGGCGAGUACGUUGCGUUCGAUGCCGUCCUGCCCGCCAAGGAGGCGGUCUCCGAAUCGUGGCGCAACACGACCACCCGGGAUGAACUCAUCGGGCGGCUCGCCGGGUUCGAGCCACGCGUGCAGGAGAUCGUGCGCCGCUUCGAUCAAGACGAGAUACUCGCCCUGGGCAUGUACGACCGUGAUCCGAUCUCGGUGUGGACCAAGAAUCGCAUCACGCUCCUGGGCGAUGCCGCACAUCCGAUGCUGCCCACCGAGGGCCAGGGCGCGAACAUGGCGAUCCAAGAUGCACAGAUCCUCGGCAACUGCUUGAGCGGCGCCAUGCCUGAUCAAUUCCCAGCUGCGUUCCAGAACUAUGCCGAGUUACGCAUACCCGUCACCCGCGAGACCCAGCGGAAGUCGCGUGACAAACGCCCCUUCGACUCCGAGUUGCCACCGCUCCCGACGAUGUGA